AUGCCGAAGACAACGGCUGAGCGCGCGGUGCACCUCAAGACCAUUUUGAAAAGGCGCAAGAACCUCAAGGCCUUGGCGAGGAGCUACACGGCCCACCCAUCCAGGGCGACGUUCAGCACGCAACUCACAUCAAUGGCCGAGUUUGAGAGGUACCAGUUCCGGCAGACGGCCCUCGCCGGCGUCAUGUCCAGCCUGCACGACGCACACGGCAGCGCGCUCCUUGCCGCACUGGACGUGCAGGCCGAGACGGAAAGGCAGAUGGAGCUGAACGGGCUGGACGCUGCUCUCCGAAAGCAGGUCAACGGUUUCGUGGCCGCGCUCGAUGCCUUCACCAGCGCCGUCCCGUCACCUGCCACCUCUCUUCCUGCCUUGUGCCAGAGACGGAUCCGCAACCUUGCGUGCAUGCGCGAAAAUGCCCUCCUCGCCGAUGAGGAAUGGGGAGACUUAGCUGAGUCAAAGACUGACGCCUCCCGGGACAACGUCCGGUGCAGAUAUCUCGAUUGCUGCGUCUUGCUGCUUGUUCUCCGUUAUGCGGCCGCAAAAUUUCGGGACGAGGCCAAGGGGUGCGCGCUGGACGCACUGCAGGUUGCUAAGCUGCAGGGCUCCAACGAAGCGCAUUUACACGCCGAACGACUUUUACGAUUACGAUGA